AUGAUCUUGAAUUUGAGAGAAAAUAUGGAGAGAAAUGAAUUAAGGGAAGGGCCUAUAGCAAUUGCAGUCGACAUAGAUAAAACAAGCUGCCAAGCUCUAAAAUGGGCUUUGGAACAUUAUAUACCCCGAGGUGGAACAAUAAAACUCGUUCAUGUCAUGCAAAGAUCUGCUGUGAAUUCAAAUGGACCUUCUACAGAUGAUGAAUCGUCUGAAAGACAACAAAAUGGCAAACAAAACACUCAGUUUCUUCCUAUGCGUUGUCUUUGUAUGCGACGAAAUAUACAAAGCGAAGUAGUUCUGCUUGAAGAUCAGGAUGUGGCCAAAGCAUUGAUCGAAUAUAUUAGCCAGAACUUUAUUUCUACAUUCUUGCUAGGGGCCUCGUUAAAGAAGAGCAUUACAAGGCUUUUUAAGGUUGAUGACAUCCCAAGUAACGUGAUGAGAUGGGCUCCAGACUUCUGCACUGUCUUAGUCAUAUCAAAAGGAAAACUAUCAAGCGUACGGUCAGCGACUCGGCCUUUACCCCAACCCUUACCAUCUUCUUCUUCUGGGACUGCACCAUUGUCACCGAUCAGCAACAGCGACGAGCCUGCCUUUGAGAUGUCAUUAUCAAGAGAGGACGACGUUUUCUUUGAGGAGUUCUCAUCCGGCUUUGACACAGAUUCUUCUGUGAACAUUAGUGACAGGAUCAGUACAGAUAGUCCGGUUCUCUCUUUCUAUGAGAAACUUGGUGCUUCGAUAUUGUUGGAGAUUCCUAGAUUCUCUGGUCUGAAUGAUGAGAAAUCCAAGUUUCCAAUCUAUCUAAAUAGUCCUUCAGGUGAAGCUACGUCACUGACACCAAUGGAGGACGCCGGGGCUGAGAAGAGAAGGCUGAAGAAAGAGCUGAAUGAGACAAUAAACAUGUACCACGCCGCCUGCAAAGAAGCGCUUAUUGCGAAAGAGAAAGUAGCAGAGCUCGAGAUAUGGAAAAAGAACGCAGACCAAAGGCUUCAAAUGGCGGAAGAAACUGCAACAAUGGCCAUCAUGGAGAUGGAGAAGAGAGAACUGAAGCCACAGAGAAGUGUGGAGGCAGUGAGAGGGAGAGGGAGUGAUGACAGAAAGAUGGUUUUUGAUGCUCGUGGAGAGUCUCAUGUCCUGGUUAAAUAUGAGAGCCUGCUCCAUAUUUUACUUGUUCUUUUCUUGUUCUACUUAUAUUUUACACUCAAAUAA